AACAUAACGGUCGUCAGUCGACUUCUAAGUUCUAACGGCGAGCAUGCUAUAGAUAAUAAAAAAAAAAAGGAGCGUUUUUUCCAUCUCUCGUCGCGUUCGUGAAGAAGGGGGGAGGUGGAGGAGCUUACGAGGAAGGUGAAUUAAUUUGUAUAUUAAGGCAAACAAAGGGGUUGUAGAGUGUGUUGAAGAGGUUAAGGGAUUAGGGUAUGGGAGAUCAUGUUGUGUUGCAUGUCGAUCAGCUCACAAAGUCGGAAACGGGCGAAUCGCGACGAGAUAUUGGGGGUUUGGUGUCGACUGGUGGAUUUCGCAACUGUUUACACCCUGCGGCGGCUUCGCCAUCUGCGAUAGCUCCUAUUGUUGAUGAGGGUAAGGAGGAGCAAUCUGUCGGGGAAGACGAGGAACCGCUUAUUCAGGUAGUAGAGUGUCGCAUUUGCCAGGAGGAAGAUCACAUUAAGAACGUCGAAACGCCGUGUGCUUGUAGCGGGAGCUUGAAGUAUGCUCAUAGGACAUGCGUGCAGCGCUGGUGCAAUGAAAAAGGUGAUAUAAGAUGUGAAAUCUGCCAUGAGCAAUAUAAGCCUGGAUACACAGCACCUCCUCGAGUUCGACUUGAUGAAACCACCAUUGAUAUCAAUGGAGGGUGGACAAUUGCAGGGACCCCCUUGGAUUUUCAUGACCCUCGGAUUCUUGCUGUGGCAUCUGCACAGCGCCAUUUUCUCGAAGCAGAAUACGACGAAUAUGCAGCUACUAAUGCCAAUGGUGCUGCGUUUUGCCGUUCUGCUGCUCUUGUUUUAAUAGCUCUUUUGCUGUUGAGGCAUGCGCUAACGCUCAGAACCAGCGACGGGGAUGAUGAUGCUUCUACUAUUUUUUCUCUUUUCCUACUGCGGGCUGCUGGAUUCCUAUUGCCAUGCUACGUCAUGGCAUGGGCUAUAACUGUUCUGCAGCGUCGAAGGCAGAGACAGGAAGCGGCUGCUUUGGCGGCGGCUGAGGUGGCGUUCAUACUGCAAACCGGGCAAACGAGGGGCCUCCAGUUCAGUAUCGCGCCCGACUCCCCUUCAACUCCACAGAGAGAGCCUCAUCUGUGACUUCACCAUCAGUUUUAUACUCGGCUUACGUAUGAACUUCCAACUUGGGAUAAAAUCGCUGUAAUUUGAGUUUCAUGGAGCAUUUCUGUUUUCGAGUCUUUGAAGCAGGCUUCUUGUUAUGUGACAGUUAAGCUGCCUUAGUUGGCGACAACGGAGGGGAAGUUGGUUUCCUUUAUGUUCUCUUCUUCUCUCCUUUCAUACAAUCAGACUAUUUGGAUCUGAACUUGGAUCUUUCUAUGUGUUUGAUUGCAGCAACUUUUGUAUUUUGUAUAGAGCUUUACAUCUUUGUUCAA